CUCCCUCCGGCGACCCCCGCCGCGGCGACGGCGGCAGUACGGCCUCACCGCAUGCUCUCCCGCUUCCCCGUCUCUCUCGGCCGGGCGCGCGGCCUGCUGCGGGGUAGCGUCCGCUGCGGCGGCUUCGUCUCCGCGAUGGCCGGAGGCGGCGGAGAGGACGGCCACCUGGGGGAGUUCUCCGAGUACAUGGAGCGGCUGCGCAACUACGAGCGCUCCGGGGUGCCGCGCGGCGCCGGGACCGACUCCGACGACGGCUUCGACCUCGGCCGCAUGCGCCGCCUCCUCCGCUGCCUCGGCGACCCCCACACCCACUUCCCGGCUGUUCAUAUUGCUGGCACCAAGGGGAAAGGUUCUACUGCUGCAUUUCUCUCAAAUAUCAUGAGGGAGCAAGGUUACAAUGUCGGAUGCUAUACUAGCCCACAUCUUCUAACAAUUCGUGAGCGCAUCUCUGUUGGAGAAAGUGGAGGUCCUGUUUCAGCUGCUGUUUUGAGGAAUAUUUUUGGUCAUGCUAAAGAAGCCAUUGAUCAAUCAAUAGAAUCAGAAGAUGGAGCCCUGACUCAUUUUGAGGUUUUCACUGCUCUCUCGUAUCUUCUGUUCUCACGAGAAAAUGUUGACAUUGCUAUUGUCGAAGCAGGCCUUGGUGGAGCAAGAGAUGCCACAAACGUCAUACAAAGUACUGAAUUAGCUGCAUCUGUCAUAACAACAAUUGGGAAAGAACAUUUGGCUGCUUUGGGUGGUUCCUUACAAAGCAUAGCAGUGGCAAAGUCUGGAAUCAUCAAGCAGGAGCGACCAGUUAUAAUUGGUGGUCCUUUUUCCUCAGAUAUUGAGCAAAUUCUCCGGGAUAGAGCAUUCUUAACACAAUCUCCCAUAAUAUCUGCCUGUGAUCCUGGAGUCAGGAGCAUCACAAGAUGCAUUCGUUGGGAUUGUGGAAAACCUUAUCAAAGCUGUGACAUUAUCAUCGAGAUUUCAAAUAAUAUUCCAUUGUUUAUUGAAUUGCAUGAUGUAAAAAUCCAGCUGCUGGGGGAUCAUCAACGCCAGAAUGCUGUAACGGCUUGCUGCACAGCUCUGUGUCUCCGUGAGCUAGGAUGGGACAUUUCUGAUUCAUCAAUUAGAGCUGGUUUAGAGAAGACACAGCUGCCUGGGAGAAGCCAAUUUCUUACAGAAGAGGAAACUUCAGUACUUGGGCUUGAUGGAGCAUCCAGCGUACUUGUUGAUGGAGCCCAUACUGAGGCAUCAGCAAAAGCCUUAUCAGACGUGAUAAAAACUGUCAAACCAAGAGGGCCUUUGGCUUUUGUUGUUGGAAUGGCCAAUGACAAAGAACAUUUUGCCUUUGCUGAACAGCUUCUGUCAGGCCCAAGACCAGACAUUGUUUUGCUGACAGAGGCGAGCAUAGCUGGAGGGCGCUCCAGGUCUAUGCCAGCUUCAUCACUGAAGGAGGUAUGGAUGACUGCUGCACACAGCCAGGGAAUCAGCUAUUCGGACAUAGGGAUGAUCACCGGCAUCGAAGCUCCGAUCAUUGCCAGCCGGCGGCCGGCUGCAACCGGUUCCUCGAGCAGCGACACGCCCAUGCUGAUUGGGUGUUCAAGCGCCCCAUUUUCAUGCGACCUGAUCAGGGUUGCCUCUCGGCUGCUUCAGGGCCAAGCAGAUGGCGACACUGGGCUGAUCUGCGUGGCCGGCUCCUUGCACAUGGUUUCAUCAGUUCUUGGACAGCUUCGGCAGUAGCUAUAGCUUGCAGCAGGCUGGUACACAUGUACUCUCUCAGUUUCUAAGAACUUAAUAAAUAUACUUGUCAUUUCACAAAUGUCAGUACAUUUCCUCUAAACUUCCCCUAUUAAUCUUAUUCUUCUCACACAUUUGCCUAUCAUAUUUCCUGCGAUUGAGA